ACCGCGACAGUCGCCGCGUCGCUUACUCGUUUACAUUGCGCUGCGGCCCCGUUGAUUGAGGACAAAAAUGGUCGCCAUGGAUCAAGAGUUCAACAUUAGAUUCGUGCAGGAAAUAGAGAAACAUCCGUGCCUAUGGAAUUUUAGAAUGCCAGAUUAUGCGAGGAGAGAUAUCACUGAGAAAACUUGGUACGAUAUCGGGAAGAAGUUUCGAAUCACAGUACAAGAUUGCAAGGACCGAUGGAAGAACCUUCGUGGAGUCUUCGCGCGCCAUCUAAGGACGGACAAAGAUGCCUCAGUGCGAAGAAGGCCGUAUUACCUAGCCGAGUUCAUGCAGUUUGCCAUACCCUUCAUAAAAAUACCUGGGUCGGAUAAAAAAAUCAAACCAAAUAUGAAAUUGGAGGAUGAGAUUCCAUUGGAUGAUCAGGAAUUACAGCUACAAUCUUCAAUAGAAGUUCAGCUAUCGCCCGCACCUUCACCGUCAAUCGAGCAAUCUUUAUACGCCGCUACUGUUUAUGACCCAGAGACCCAAAUUCCAAAGAAACAGCGAAAAAAAUGCGAAGAAACAGUAUUUGAAGAUGUCAUCGCCUCUUACUUCAAACUAAAACAAUCUAGAAUGUUUGAAAACUCUGAAAAUGGUGAACACAAGUUUAAUAAAAUGUUUUUGUUAAGUGUUUUGCCUGAUAUGAACAAAAUGAAUGAUAGACAAAUAAGGUCUUUCAAGAGGAAGGUGCUACAGGCAGUAGAUGAGAUAAUGGACGAAAAUAGUGAUUAAGUUUUAUCGUAUAUGUUACUAAACUAAAAAGUUAAGAUUUUUCGCAAUUUAUUUAGAUUAUAUUCAAAAUAUCCCCCUAUUUAAAAUAAUAGUAGCAGAUCCUCUCUAUCCCACUGCAAUGGGCAC